AUGUCUAGAUUUCAUCCGUUAGAUUUUCGUCUGAUGGCCAUGUCCCAGUUUCAGAUUCUGAUAUUGUUAUGCCAAACAGCAACAUGGACUAUUAGUGGUGAUCUCAAUCAAUUUCUGACUCAACAACUGGCUACCAGUCAAGCUCUAUCACGUGAGGUAUUCGAGGCUCAAGUUGUAGCACUUGUCGAACAAAUGCAAACCACAACAGUAGCAAAUGUGAAAUACACUGAUCAGCUGGUGUCCCUGGCUAUUCUCAACAGUAGAAUUAUGUCAGCUUUGAAUACCAAUACUUACCUCACCAAGAAUCCAUUAGUAUCGGGUUACUAUAUUCUACACGGAAGCUAUCCAGUUGGAAAUUAUAGUAUCAGUAACGUCUCGAAUCUGAAUAAUAUCUAUUGCGAUUGCACAUACCAAUCAAACUGCACUUUUCAAGCCGGUUUUUACAACUAUUCCAUUCGUCCUGCACACGGUCAAGCCAGUUUAUAUAAGCCCUCUCCACCACCUAUAUUUAUCGUACCGGGUAUGUUGGUUGGAUGCCUACCUCAUGAUUCAAUGCUUUUGUCGACACUGGAAUGUUUUUACAAUCGUUCAUGUCUCGAUCUCAUUGGUGUCUCACAAGCGAUCAUCCCACUCAACGCGACUGUUCCAUCUCGCUUUCGAGUCAAUACAACCGUAAAUACGAUGUUCGAACAACUCUUCGUUGAAACGUGGCAAAAUUCGAGUAAUUUCACUAGUUACUACAAUGCAUGCCAUCCGAAAACAUGUUUUUACACCUAUACACAACGUGGUAAUUUUCUUUAUGCACUGACAAUUCUGGUCAGCCUCAUAGGUGGUCUUACAACAAUACUCGGUAUUUUCGUUUCUCUUCUCGUACAAUUCUUUCGUGGUCUACUACUUAAAUGCCGAGGUGAUACAAUUCAUAUAGUAGAAAAUGAUCUUGCAGGUAGGCAACUUUUUUACUUUUGCUGUUUUGUUUCACAUUUAUGUAAUGAUAUUGAGAACUUGUUUGAUUUACUGUAUUUUUGA